AUGACCCAAACGUUCGCCACCAUUCCAAACAAAAACGAAGAAGUUAUUCUCGCCGCCGACGAGCCAACGAAUGACUCUGUAUCAGAGCUCGGAAGCAUCACGUCUUCAAGCGCCAGUGUAAGCAGUUCCAUCCUCGACUACCGCACCGAGAACGGCAGGACCUAUCACCGGUACAAGGAUGGAAAAUACAGUUACCCCAACGACGAGACGGAAAACGAUCGCCUCGAGAUGCAGCACAACCUCUUCCUCGUCACUUACGACAACAAGCUGGGAACAGCGCCACCCAACGACAAGAGUCUCGGAGUCAAGGUGAAGCGCGUUCUAGACGUCGGCACGGGGACUGGAGUAUGGGCGAUCGAGUUUGGAGAUGAACAUCCUGAAGCCGAGGUUCUCGGCAUUGAUUUGUCCGCCAUUCAGCCAGAUUUCGCUCCGCCGAACGUCAAGUUCGAGAUUGACGAUAUUGAAGAACCUUGGACGUUCUCUCAGCCUUUCGAUUACAUCCACAGUCGAAUAAUAACCUCCAGCCUCGGUCUCGCUCCCGGUGGCUACUUCGAGAUGAACGAGAUGGACUACCCUACUUCUGACGACGGCACCCUCCAAAAAGAACAUGCUCUUCACAGAUAUCUCAACCUAGUCUUUAGCGCCCUCGAAAAGUCUGGGCGCGCCUUCCAAAGCAUCCCAGCGCUAAGGGACAUGAUGGUCGACAUCGGCUUCCGCGACGUGACGAUGAAAAAGUACAAGUGGCCGACGAACCUAUGGGCGAAGGAUACGAAGCAUAAGAAGAUUAAAGCCUAG